GUGUUCCAGAGACCCCCUUUGACAAUCCCUGUAUGUAUGUAUGUAUGUAUGUAUGUAUGUGUAUGUGUCAGCUGACCUGUGUGUAUGUGUAUGUUCCAGAGAUCCACGUUGACCGUCCCUGUAUGUAUGUAUUUAUGUGUAUGUUCCAGAGAUCCACGUUGACCGUCCCUGUAUGUAUGUAUGUAUGUAUGUGUAUGUUCCAGAGAUCCACUUUGACCAUCCCCUGCAACUGAACACCUCGUGGCCUGGGGUGGAGCUGACCGUGGGUCAAGUGGGGGGCGUGUCGGUUGACCAGCGAGGGAACCUCUACGUCUUCCACAGGGGCAGUCGUGUGUGGAACGCAGCGUGUGUCAUCUGUCGUGUCAGUGUGCCAUCUGUUGUGUCAGUGUGCCAUCUGUUGUGUCAGUGUGUCAUCUGUUGUGUGUUCAAGAUCCCAGCAGGCAGCGACACGCCCACACUGACCAUCGGUCAUCGGUUCCAGCACGGGGAAGAGCUCACCUUUUUCUGUAAACCUACAGACGUAGCCGUGCUGAGCUCGGGGGAGUUCUUUGUCUCGGAUGGUGUGUCUGCCGUGUGUCUGUCUCUAUUAACCUGUGUGUCUGCCGAAGUGUCUGUCAGUGUUGACCUGUGCGUGUGCCGGUGUGUCUGUGCAGGUGUGUCGCCACCCCCCGGCACGUUUGACGUCCCCCACAGUGUCACGGUGUCAGAGGGCACGGGUCAGCUGUGUGUGGCUGACCGGGAGAAUGGGCGUGUCCAGUGCUUCGACCUGGAGGGGAACUUUGACCACCUCAUCCGACACAAGGAGUUUGGGCCCCGCCUCUUUGCCGUGGAGGUCUGUCCGCUACGAGGAGUGUUGUAUGCGGUGAAUGGCCCGGCCUACGACGGACCCUCAGACCUGACAGUCCAGGGGUUCACGGUAGACAUGAGCUCUGGUCAACUGCUGGAGUCGUGGAACAUACCGCAGGGACUGAGGAACCCCCAUGACCUGGCAGUGGACCCCACCACCUGUGGCUCCGUCUAUGUGGGAGAACUCAACCCUCGGGUGGUGUGGAAGCUGACCCGUGCUGACCGCUCCACCACCCCCACCCCUCACCUACACAUGGACACUCAGAUUGGUAGGUCGUGUCUGUGUGUCGUGUCAGUGUGUCUUGUGUCAUUGUGUCUGGUGUAA